AUGGAUUCAACAAAAGAUGAAUUUAAUAUUCCAAAUGUUAUUAUUGAUCCACGAACACGUACUCAAUAUUCCAAAGGCAAAUUUCUUGGCAAAGGUGGUUUCGCUCGAUGCUAUGAAUUGAUCGAUAUUAGUAAUGGUCAAGCAUUUGCUGGAAAAGUUGUACCUAAAUCAAUGCUUGUUAAACCUCAUCAAAAAGAAAAAAUGCAACAAGAAGUGACAAUACAUCAAUCACUUAAUCAUAAACAUAUUGUUCAAUUUUUUUCUUAUUUUGAAGAUGAAAAUAAUGUUUAUAUUAUCCUUGAACUUUGCAGACGACGAUCAUUAAUGGAAUUACAUCGACGACGAAAAACAGUUACGGAACCUGAAACACGUUAUUUUGUUAAACAAAUUGUUGAAGCAUGUAUUUAUUUACAUGACAAACGUAUUAUUCAUCGAGAUCUUAAAUUGGGAAAUCUCUUUCUUAAUGACCAAAUGGAAAUUAAAAUUGGAGAUUUUGGUUUAGCAACUAGAAUAGAAAAUGAAGCUGAUAGAAAACGUUAUGAAGUUGAUGUAUGGAGUUUAGGUUGUAUUCUAUAUACAUUAUUACUUGGUAAACCACCAUUUGAAACAUCAUCAUUAAAAGAUACAUAUUCAAAAAUACGUAAAAAUGAUUAUUUAAUACCAGAUAAUCGUAUAAGUCGUGAAAGUGUUUUACUUAUUCAACGUUGUUUAAGACAUGAACCAUAUGAUCGUCCAACAAUGGCACAAAUUUAUAUGGAUCCAUUUUUUUCUGGUUUUACACCAGCAACAUUACCAACAUCCGUUUGUACAGUUGCGCCACGUUAUUCAUCUAUGGCACCGAUAAAUCAACCACAACAACCGAUUAUGAUUAAUGCUAAUAAAGUAAUAACAACAACUAUUCAACAACAACAACAACAACAACGUCGCCCAUUUACAGAACAACAACAAAAUGAACAAGUAUUAAUUGCAUCACGUCAUCAACAAGUUGUUACAUUACCAGCACCAAUAUUAAUGAAUGAACGUGCAACUGAUGUUCAUGGUCUUGGUGGACGUGCAGCAUCAGCUGUACCUAAUCAAACUGAUAUUGUUUUAUCAUCACAAAUGGCUAGACAAUUAACAGGUCUUGAUGGUCAAACAUUUGUACCAACAAGUGGAAUAAAUGAAGAAGUCAAUGAUGAUUUACAUUUAGCUAUUGAUCUUCAAAGACAAUUAGAACAUUUAAUACAAAUGAAACCAAAUGAAAAACUUGAUAAACAUGAAGAUGAAGCGGAAGAUCCCGCAUCAGCACCAAUGCUUUGGAUAUCAAAAUGGGUUGAUUAUUCCGAUAAAUAUGGUUUAGGUUAUCAAUUAUGUGAUGAUUCUGUUGGUGUUUUAUUUAAUGAUUCAACACGUUUAAUUAUGACCGCUGGUGGAGCUGAAAAUCUACAAUAUAUUGAUAGAGAAGGUUAUGAACAUUUAUGUACUAUGAAAGAUUAUUCCGAUCAAUUAAAAAAGAAAGUUACUUUACUGAAAUAUUUUACUUCUUAUAUGGACGAACAUUUGCUUAAGGCUGGUGCUGCACAUGCUCCAAGACCUGGAGAUGAACUUUCUCGGCUUCCAUUUGUUAAAUCAUGGUUUCGUACACGCAAUGCUAUAGUUUUUUAUCUUUCCAAUGGCACAUUACAGAUUAAUUUCUUUCAAGAUCAUACUAAAGUUAUUUUAUGUCCAUUAAUGAGUGCUGUUACUUAUAUAAAUGAACAUCGUGAAAUUCGUACAUAUCGUUUAGCAGGAUUAGAACAAUGUGGUUGUUCAAAACAAUUGUUUACUCGUGUUAAAUAUGCUAAAAGUAUGAUCGAUCGAAUAUUAGCAGCAAAAAGUAAUCAAAAUCGACUUCAUUAG